CCGUAAGGCCGUGUUUGGCCUUCAUCGGGUCGUGGAAAUCCUAACUUAACCAAAUCCCUAUUCAAAAACAUAAACCCUAGAAAUCAAAACAGGUAAUUGGGCAAAUCACAACAAGCAAUCAUGGCGACCCUUAGCAUUUUGCGGACGGAUGAAGAUCUCAUUAUGUAUUCGACUCUCUUCGGCAAUCCCAAAGAUGAAAAUAUUAAGUCCCGGGGGACGCAAAUUGAGAAGAAGAUCGAGUUUCUUGAGAACCUAGCUGGAAGAGUUAGCAACAGAAGGUAUCGCCGGUGGAUAAACGAUCGGCUGUUGAUGGAGCUUGUGCCGCGUUUGGAUGGUGAUGAAAUCAGGGGCUUGUUUGCUCCACCGCCAUGGGGUGAUGAUGUGCCUCCUUCAGCAUUCAGCAAGACAAAUGUGAGGGAGUGGGAUAGUUUCAGAAACAUAGACAUGAAUAAGGAGGCCUCUAUCAUGGAAUCCCUCGAAAGCUCGUCAGCAAUGAGGAAAGGUCGUAUGGAUGCUGAAAAAGUCUCAGUGCUGAAAGCUUGGCACCGCGUAGAUAACAGAACUAGAGAGGCACUUCGUCGAUGUUAUCUUUUAGACUUGCUGAAUGGAUAUGAGGAAUGUGUACGGUCAUUUGUCGAGGAUGGUGGAGACAGAGAUGUUCUGGUGCUGCGUGUUCAAGAUCCUUUCCACCGUUUACUUUUGCAUGGCGUUUGUGAGAUGUUUGACUUUGACAUGAUUAUCGUUUUCCGACAGUACUAUAAUCUUGUUUCGACCACGACCAACCUAUCUGAAGGUUGUGAAUCUUUGAAGGAGACGAGGAUAAGGAAGAAGCAGUUUUCGUGUGCUGAUAUCCCAAGCAUCACUCUCUGCAACUUUCUGAAAAUGGCAAAACAAGUACGCACGAACUCUCAAUCCCAAGUGCUGGACUCUGACUCUGAAUCCCAUUUGUUUGCCUUUAUUCAGCUCACCGCCAUGGCCAAGAAGCUCGUCAAAUACUGCGUGGUCGAUGCAUUUACCGACGCGGCGUUCAAGGGUAACCCGGCGGCGGUGUGCCUUCUGGAGGAGGAGAGAGAUGAGACGUGGCUGCAGGCGGUGGCGCGUGAGUUCAAUUUAUCGGAGACUUGCUAUUUGACCCGGCUGCCGGAGCCGGACGGGUCGGCGAUCGGCUCGGUCACCAGGUUUGGUCUCCGCUGGUUCACGCCUGUUACUGAGGUGGAACUUUGUGGACACGCAACUUUAGCUGCAUCCCACUUUCUUUUCACGUACGGAUUCGUGAAAUCGAACGCGAUCGAGUUCUCAACCCUCUCGGGGAUUUUGACGGCUAAAAGGGUACCCGAUACCAGAAAGGCCUCGGACUCUGUGAAUGGAAACUCACCCGAUCUUAGCUUUCUUAUCGAACUUGAUUUUCCCGCGUUAUCCAUAACAGAAUACAGUGGUCCUGGGGAUGUUUUAUCUGUUUCUAAAAGCUUGAGUGGUGCCCCCGUUAAAGAAAUCAAGAAUACAACUGGAGAUGACAUUCUUUUAUCUUAUGGAAUCACUGUUAUGCUAUCUAUGGUUGUGUUUGAUAAGCAUGUCGUGCUAGCAUCUGGGGAGGCUGUUAUAGAAGCACAACCCGUUUUGGAAGAGAUAAAAAAGUAUGCCGGGAGAGGAAUGAUCAUUACUGGACUUGCUCCAACUGGCUCGGGAUUUGAUUUUUUCAGUCGCUUUUUCUGCCCAAAUUUCGGGAUAAAUGAAGAUCCUGUAUGCGGAAGUGCUCACUGUGCAUUAGCAGCUUACUGGAGCAAGAGGCUCGGAAAAUGUGAUUUAAUCGCAUAUCAAGCAUCGCCAAGGAGUGGCGUGCUAAAUAUACAUUUUGACCAUAAGAAACAGAGAGUGUUGCUUCGUGGGAAAGCCGUGGCUGUAAUGGAAGGUACUAUUUUGAUCUUCAAAAUAUUCAGCACCUGGCACUUUCUUGCUAAAACCCCGCUUUUCAGAAAGUCCUCUUUUACUCUUGCUCGUUCAAAUAUCAAAACCCUAAUCACCCGUUGCAUUUCAAUCGCGACAAUGAAGCUCGUCAGAUUUCUGAUGAAAUUGAACAACGAGACUGUAUCGAUUGAGCUCAAAAACGGCACCGUAGUGCACGGAACCAUUACUGGUGUUGAUAUCAGCAUGAAUACGCAUCUGAAGACUGUAAAACUUACUCUUAAGGGCAAAAAUCCAAUGACUAUGGAUCACCUUAGUGUGAGGGGUAAUAACAUCCGGUAUUACAUACUUCCCGACAGCUUGAAUCUAGAGACGUUGCUAGUUGAGGAAACACCUAAAGUCAAGCCCAAGAAGCCUACUGCAGGGAGACCCGUUGGGCGUGGUAGAGGUCGUGGCCGGGCUCGUGGACGUGGUAGAGGACGCUAAAUAUAGUGUUUUUUAUUUUGUAGUACUUUGUUGUCUAAAUAUCUACAUUGAAGGAUUUUUGUACCAAAAAACUGUCUGAAAUGUUUACAGCUCAGGUUCAGGUACAGAUCAGUGCAAUUUUUAUGGCUCACACUCACAAACUCCAUUCUCUUACAUUUAAAUUUGAGGUACACACACAUUGUAUGAUGUGCCAUUUCUCUAUGAUGUUAUGUUAUGGUUAUCCUUGUAGCCAUGGUUAUAUAGAUUUUGGCCUCUGGAACUCUUACUCGGGUUAAUUACAAUAUU